GUAUGUCUCAAGAUAGCGUUUAUUGACGCAUUCGGACUCGUUAAUACUCGACGCCCCGUCAAUCCGCUAAAAAUAACGUGCGUCUUGCAGUCUGAUAUUCUCCAGUCGCCUGGAGUCCGCCAUUACGGUUUGACAGCUCGAAGUUUCCCGCGCUUUUCAAUGUACAGACUUUCGAAUGCAUGCAUAGAUAAAUAAAUAAAAAAAAAAACUUACGUGAAUUUGUUUUAAAUUUAAAAAAAAUAUUCCAUUUAAUUAAUAAGUUUUAAAAAUAAAAUGAAAUUAUUUUUUAGAAUUUUAUUAUAGUCGAAACUAUAUAAAAUAAUUUCGUAAUAAAUUUUUUUAAUAUAUUUUUAAUUAGAAAACUUUUUAAAUGGCGUCCGAAAUGGUUUCGUUAAGACUUUUUGUGCUGUUCUUGCUGAUUACAUUGUGUGUUACGGGUAGUUGCAAAUCAGCAGAAAGCGAAUCCACUGAGAAUCUACCGGUUUCUGAAGACCCUCUACAACCUGUACAGAAAAUCAACAAUCAGAAAUCACAAAAGAUAAACGACGGAGGCGGUCCCGCGCUGAUGUUUGCCGAGGAGCUGAAACAAAUUUUGGAAAGAUAUCUCUUCGGAUUGUGUCCUCAGACUUUUAAGUCACGUUGGUUCCAGAUGCCGUUGGGGGGGAAGAGCAAGAAUUCCACCACAUUCACCUGCGACCUGGACCCUGAACAACAGGAGUUGGCUGGCCGAUUGGCAACACUGGCUCUCCGUGCACAUUCAGCAUCGAGGACGGACUGCUCGCGAUUUGGCGCGGCGCUCGCCAACACGCUCGGCGAGCUUGCUCGCACUGCGGCGAACAGAGCUGCAUUUACAACGACAGCGACAAAUGAGGCGAACAAGAAACGAAAGCUGUCCAAAAGUCAGAAAGCCAAGAUCCAAGCCAAGCAGCGGACAGCGCUGGCCGUCAAGAAGAAGGCAGCGGCCGCCGCCGCAGCCGCCGCCGCCAAGAUGGCGUCCUGAAUCGUUUUUAAUGCAACUUUUAUAUUGUGAUCAACUUGUUAAAUACACUAUAUGUUAUAAACGA